UCCUGGAUAGGAAACGGAAGAAGUGCGCCGACAUGUCGGCCUUGAGCGCCGGGCCUUGUCGACCCGGGAUUAUACUAUGUCUGACUGUUCUACUGGCAUCGCAAUCUAAUUCUGCCCCAGUAUACGACCAGGAUACCACGCAAGUAGCGGAAUACGAUGGAGCCCCAGCCGGAUGCUACUACAACUACCAACGAUACGACGAAGGCGACAGAAUUAUCACGAACGAACCAUGCCUGAACUGCACGUGUCACAAUCAAAUGUUGAUGUGUUACCUGAGGGUCUGUCCCUUCACGAAAGCGAUCGGUCAGGAUUGCAAAGUCGAGAAGCGUCCCGACCAAUGUUGUCCCUUGAUUACCUGUCCGGAGGUGCCAGUACAACUGUUGACAUCUACGACCACCGUGCCAGCGACUUCCGGUUCCACCGCGGUCGGCUUCCACGAUAAUUAUGGUUGCAACGUCAACGACCGAUUCUACGCGGACGGUGCUCAAUUACCGACCGAUCCCCAGAAUCCAUGCGAAUUGUGUUAUUGCAUCAGAAACAGGACCACUUGUGUCAUGCAGGAGUGCACACUGCGUGUGGCUGGGUGUAGGCCAAUCUACCAACCCGGCGUGUGUUGUCCGGUCAAAUACAAUUGCGAAUACGACGAGGAACUUGCAACGACGGUUGAACCAACGCCUGGCCUCAUGAUGACCACCACAUUGCCACCUGGAGCAUCGACCCAAUGUUACCACGAAGGCAAGGUUUACGAAGACGGAGACCUGACCCAUUCGACGCAGCCAUGCCAAUUUUGCUACUGCUUCCGAGGUGCUAUCGCUUGCGCUGUACAACAUUGUGGAACUCCCAUGGAAACGCACGGAAAGAAUUGCACUGCUUUACCACCGCCGGAAGGAAAAUGUUGUCCGGAGACGUACGAAUGCGAUGAAGAUGGUCAAAGUGAGCUGGUCACAUUCUCAGAAAAUGAGCAAUCUACCGAGGAACCCGUUCUACAAACAACGGUACCGAGCAUAAAGGAAACUGAAAAGGAAGAGGAAACUCCUCAAACGACCGUGGAAUCUUUCCCUGGCUAUGAUAACGUAAUUCCGGAGGUUCAUAAAGAAGUAAGCACCGAAGCUGCACCGAGUACUGAAGAACCCAAGAAAGAAACACCAGAAGAGACCACAUCGCUUGAAGGAGCUGCUCCAGUGUCUGAAACAACUGUGAAAGCUGCUUCGGAGGAAUACAGUACCGAAGGUCCCCUUUCUGCAACGGAAACGACUCCAGUAGCCGCAUCUACUGAACCUGCUCAGAAAGUUGAAAGUGAAAAAACGGAAACUCCUCUUAUAGAGGAAAGGAUUCAAGAAGUGACUGGUAAGCCAGCAGAGGAGGCAACUCAAGGACUAACGGAAGCUUCAAUUCCUCAAGGACAAACAGAAUCGUCUGCAUCAACAGCGGAAGAGCAACCUAAAGAAGCAACAACCGCGGUAGAGGAACAAAGUCCAGUUACCGAAGCAGCUGUCCCAGAGAUGGAAUACACUGAAGGCACGCUAAAGGAAAAAUCUACCGAGGUGCCAAGUACUGAAAAGUCUGCAGAAGAAGUGAAACCGACGGAAGAAGAAAGUUUGGAACACGAGCCAAGUGUCACUGAAGCUGUUAUUCCUGAAGAAGGCCAGGCAACCGAAGCAGCUGAAAAAUCUACCGAAGCACCGGAAAUACCAAGUGAAGAGAAGACAACAUCAUCUGAUAUAGCCCCUGAAAUGUCUACGGUUAAGAGCCUUGGUGAAGAACAAGUGACAGAAACAGCUGAGAGGACGGACGCUCCUGCGGUUUCCGAACCGGAACAGAAAAUGAGUACAGUGGCAACGAUCGAAGGUAAACCUGACGAAAUCGCUACUCCAAAGGCAGAAAUGCCUACUGAGAAACCUGUACAGGGAGUUCCAAGCACUGAAGUAGUACCUAGCGAAGAGGGACAAGAGACAGUGCGACCAGAAGUCAGCUCUGAACCACAGCCCACAGAAACAAGCAUCUCUCCCGAACAUGGUGAAGAACAAGUUACAGAAGGAACAACUGAAAAGAAACCAGAAUUGGAAGUGUAUGAUCACAAGGCUCCUGAAGAACUACCUGGAGUGGUUCCUAAGAAGGAGGAUAUGAUUCCCACUGAAAUGCCUAUGGUCCAGGAGCCUGCUGCAACAGAAAAGCACGUCGAAGAGGAAGGAGCCCCAGAAAUUCCAGCACAGGGUCCAACCGGUAUUUCUGUCACCGAGCGAGUACCUGAAAGCAAGGCAGAGGACAAAGAAUCUGUUACUGAGGUCCAAGUAACGGAAGGUUAUGUCCCCAUGAAACCGCCAGAAUACCACGUACCUGGUAGUCUUGUCACUGAAGCUCCUGAGAAGGUUCCAACCACAUACUUGCCACCUUCACGAGAAACAACAGUCGCUCAGGAAGAACACAAAACGGUAUCUAGUGAGGAAGGAACGACAACUGUAAACCAGGUACCAGAAAAAGCGGCUACUGAAGUUCCAGCAAUUGAAGAACAGGAGAAGACUGAGAUUCCAUCGGCCACUGAAGCCGGUCUGGGUGAAAAAGAGGUAACUGAAGGUGCUCCUCAGAGUACUGAGGUGAGCCCCAGUUUAGAAGCUUCAACGCAACAGGCCCCACAGGAACAGCAACAGACUGAGAAACCAGUGGUCCCAGAAGAAGGUAGCGUGGAGACUACAUCCGCCGAGGUUCCAUCAAUAAAAGAAACUUCAGUUGAAGAGUUACCAACGAAGGGACUUGCCAUAGAUGAAUCUGGAGAAACAUCGUCUGAGGAAGUCAGUGAGGAAGUACAGCCGUCCAAGGGCGAAUCGAGCGAGGAAGAAAUGGAACCUAUAGAACAUCCCUCUGAAAAACCGGGUCAGACACCUGUUCCUGAAGUACAGCAAACCGAGCAACCAACCGUAGAAGAAGGAAGUACGGAAAGCAAGGAAGCUACUGAAAGUACGUCAGGUCAAUCCACCGAAACUCCACAUGCUGAAGUAUCCACGGAAGCUGGUGUAACUGCAGAAGAGAAACCUGUGAGUGAAGGAGAAACACCGGUAGAACAAGGUACAACAGCACCGGAUCAACUCGGUGAGAAGGUAGGUGGGGAAGCAUCUGGAGAACAAGUAACAGGAAAACCAAUUUCUGAGGAACAAGCUCCUACUACUGUUAAGGCAGUCGAAGGUGGAGAGGGAACUACAUCGCAAAUGCCAGUUAGUGAAGAAGCAAGUGAGAAGCCUGUUACAGAAGAAAUUCCGAAAGGAACAAGUGCUCCGGAAAUCGAAAGUUCACCAGUUACUGAAGAGACGAAAGAGGGUGAGAAACCAACGGAGGGCACUUUAAUGGUAGAAGUUCAUCCAACAGUCGUUCCGGUUCAAGAAAUGAAGCCUAUAGAAAUGGAAUCCUCUGAAGAAACUCCUGUUGAACAGACUGAAGGACCGAUGACCAAAGAACCAUCCACUGAAACCGUUCAAGAGGAACAAAAGACGGAAGAACCGAUGAAAGAAGAAGCUCAAACUGAAGCCUCAAUGCCUGAAGUGCCACCGACUGAGAAGUCAGUUACUGAAGGAGAAGUAGAGAAACAAGAGACUCAGGCUCCACUUGAGGAACAGAAACCAACGAAACCUCCUAUUACUGAAAGAAAAGAAGAUGAAGAAGGUGUGGUGAAACAACCAGAAGAAGAACAGAAAGAGGGACCACAAGGCACUCAGAAACCAUCUCUUGAAGAAGAGAAGCCAACUGAAAAGCCUACGGAAGAGCAAGCUGUACCCGAUAUAAUGGCGGGAGGAGAGAAACCUACGGAAGAAGGAAAGACUGAACAACCUGGUGAAGAAGAACCUGUCGAGAAGGAAAAACCAACUGAGGGUUCUGUGGAAGAAAUGAAACCUGCUGAGGUGGAAAAACCAACCGAAGGUUCUAUUGAAGAAGGAAAAUCGACUGAAGCACCUACAAUAGAAGUGAAACUCGGUGAAGAAGGAAAGCCAACCGAAAAACCUGUUGAAGAAGGUACGCCAACCGAAGGACCUGUUGAAGAAGAGAAGCCUACCGAAAAACCUGUUGAAGAAGGUAAGCCAACCGAAGGACCUGUUGAAGAAGAGAAGCCUACCAAAAAACCUGUUGAAGAAGAAAAGCCAACAGAAGGACCUGUUGAAGAAGAAAAGCCAGUCAAAGAGCCUGUUGAAGAAGGUGAGCCAACAGAAGAACCUGUUGAAGAAGGUAAGCCAACAGAAGGACCUGUUGGAGAAGAAAAGCCAGCUGAAGAACCUGCUGAAGAAGGUAAGCCAACCGUAGGACCUGUGGAGGAAGAAAAGCCUGCUGAAGAAGAUAAGGCAACCGAAGAACCUGUUGGGGAGGAAAAGCCAGCUGAAAAACCUACUGAAGAAGGAAAGCCCACUGAAGAAACUGCCCAGGAAGCACAACCAACCGAAAGACCUGCCGAGGAAGGAAAACCAACCGAAGGACCUGCUGCGCAAGACAAACCAACUGAAAGACCUGUUGAUGAAGUAAAGCCUACCGAAGGACUUGGUGACGAAGGAAAGUCAACCGAAGCCCCUAUUGAGGAAGAAAAACCAAGCGAAGCACCUACUGAAGUUGAAAAACCGACUGAAGGAUUUGCUGAGGCGGAAAAACCAACCGAAAGACCUGAUGAAGUCGAACAACCAACGGAAGGAGUUAUGGAAGUUGAAAAACCCACUGAAAAACCUGCUGAGGUACCAAAAUCCACCGAAAAACCCGCUGUGGAAGAAAAGCCCACGGAAGGACCGGCUGAGAUAGAAAAGCCAAUUGAAGGAUUUGCUGGAACAGAAAUACCAAGUGAAGUAGAAAAGCCAACUGAAGGAUCAGGUGAAAUAAAAGAGCCGACUGAAGAACCAGCUGAAGCAGAAAAACCAAGUGAAAUAGAAAAGCCAACUGAAGGGCCUGCUGAGGUAGAAAAGUCAACCGAAGGACCUGGUGAGGAAGCCAUGCCAACAGAAGAACCUGCACAAGAAGCAAAACCCACUGAAUCAACUGCUGAAGAAGGAAUAUCGAGUGAAGUACCCAUGGCAGAAGAAAUACCAACUGAAAGACCCAUUCAGGAAGAAAAACCAUCUGAACAGCCUGUGGAGACAACCAAACCAACCAAAGAUGAAGAACCACUCAAGGAAGAAAAAGCAACCGACGAAUCAGUAACACAAUCGACUGAAGCACCUACGGUAAAAGAAGGAAAACCUUCUGAAGAAGAGAUAUCAUCUGAAGAACCUAUGGUAGAAGAAAUGCCUGCUGUAGAGGAAAAAUCAACUGAAUUACCUACUAAAGAGGAAAAACCAACCGAGGCACCUGUUGUAGAAGAACAGAAACCAACUGAAAAGUCUCCGGAGGAAACACUAAUAGAAGAACCUGUUGAGGAACAAAAACCUAUUCAAGUAACAACUGAAAUGCCUACGGCCGAAGAAAAACCAACUGAAGGAACUGGUAAAGUCCCUAGUGAAGAAGCAGAGGCGACUGAGAAAGAUUUAGAAGAGAACAAGCCAACUGAAGGUUCUCUUGAAGAAGAAAAGCUUGGUAAUAAAGAAGAACCAACUGAAAAGCCAAUUGAAGAAGGAAAACCAACUGAAAAACCUGCUGAAGAAGAAAAACCAGCUGCGGAACAAGAACCAUCUGAGAAGCCCUCUGAGGAAGAGAAACCCACCGAACAGCCUAUUGAAGGGCAACCAGCUGAGGCCACAACUCCUCAAGAAAGUGUAAGCCAGAUACCAGUGUCUGAGGAAAUUCCCACACAAGGUCCAAUGGUUGAAGAGAAACCAUCUGAAGGUGCUGAGCAAGCGCCUACUGAAAUUCCUGGCGGUGAAGAAUCUGGUAGUACACCUGGAGCUAAAGAACCAGAAACAUCGACUGAGACCUUGAAAGAAAUACCUGAGGCUCCCACAACCGUUGCUGGUGAAGAAAUUUUACCCACUGAAAAAUAUCAGACAGAGGCUGCACCACAAGAGAAACCUACUGAAGCUCCUACUUCUCAUGAAGAAGUACCUACUGAACCCACUAAAGCAAUUCCAGAACACGAAGGAGAGAAAUUACCUGAAGAAGGCACUGAGAAACCAGAAUUACCAACCGAAGCUGUAACAGAGGCUGUUCUUCCGGAAGAAACAAGUGAUGUUAAAGCACCAGAGGAAGGUAUUAGUACAGAGACACCUGCAGUAUCUACCACCGCACCAAUUUCUGAAACAUCUAGCGAAACUUCUGCAGGUCCAGAAGAAGAACACAAGGCCUCGCUUCCUGAAGGAGCUCAGACGGAAGAAAUUCCAUCGAAAGAACCCGCUACGACACAACUUCCAACAGAAAAAGAAACAGAACCUUCGGUCGAAGAAAAAGUUCCAGAAAUAUCCACUAUGGAACCAACUAAGGAGGUCGAACCACAUCCAGAAACUACACCACAAGCAGAAAUGGCACCAAAAGGAACAAGCGAACAAGCUGAGCAAUCUACAAUGGCGGCCGAAAUGCCACAAGAAGAAUCAACAUCAGAAUACCCAUCUCCUCGACCACCGGCAAUUCCAGGAGAAGGCAACUGUCUCGUCGAAGGACAGUCGUACAGUAACAACUCCGCCGUUCCUCCUGCGAAUCCGUGUCAACUUCGGUGCCUUUGCGUUAGUAGUAUCAUCCAGUGUGAUCUUGUUGAGUGUCCUCCGCCCCCGGCCCAAUUGUCCAACUGCAUGCCGAUCCACACCAGCAAAGAUGCUUGCUGCCCAAUGUAUACAUGUGAUUCAACGCCUACUGCGGUAUUAGAAUCCGAUAACCACAUGAUCGAACACGGAACUCCUAAAUACGAAACGAAGGAAGAGCAGAAGACUGUAUCGCCGGUUCUAGCGGAGGUUCCACCUCAACAGGCCACGGAGGCGCCCGUCGAGGGUGUCAAAGGACCCGAAGAAACAGUUGCACCUGAAUUCGCCGGAGAGCUUCAAACAACACCGAAAUCAGUUGAGCCUGAAGCUGCACAACCAACCACCGUAGCCGAAUCUACUAAACAACCUGAAGAACAUACUGUCAGUUCUAUUACUCCAAAGGUAGAGACUUCAAGUCAAAUGCCUUCAGAGGUACCGAAGGAAACACCAGAAGUACCUAGCACCGAAGAACAGGAAGUAACGAAGGCUCCAUCCACUGAGCAACCAUCUGAAGGACAAACUCUAGGCGAACAAAGUCCAAGUGAAGAACCAACUGUUAUGACGACAGAGACAGGUCAGGAAGAGCAAACCUCCACCGAAAUUGGAAAAGAAGCGGCGGCGCCCACUACUGCAAAACCAAUGGCUGAAGAAACAACUGACAAGCAGCAGAUGCCUGUGAUGGGUGAAGAGGCAACCGUUUCUCCAGCAAUUCUUGCAGAAGGUGUGAGUAAAGAGCCUGAAUUAUCGACUCCUUCGGUAGAAGAUCAACGGCCAGUCACUGAAGGCCAAACACCAGAGGAAACGGAAGGAACUACUCCUAUAUCGGAAAAACAACCUGAAGAACCUGCUGAAGAAGUAGAACCUAAACCAACUGAACAACAACCAUCAGAAGGAGAAUUACAAACUGCUAAACCGGGAGAAGCUGUAACUGAAGUGCCGUCUCCGGGUGUAGAAGUAUCUACUCCAGAAGUGGCUGUUAAAGUUGGGGAAGAAGAAACAACACCAGUAGAAAAAGAACCUGCAGAAGGCAAACCAGUUACUGAAGGAAUGGGAACCACAGAAGCGCCAGUGUCUGGAGAAGUUACUGUUCCUGGUACGGGCAAAGAAGAACCAAGUGGUACUGAAGCACCCACGGAAGAGGCAAUGACACCAUCGGCUGAAACUCAAACUAGCGAAAAACCAGUUCCUUCUGAAGAAGGACAAACUGUACCUGUUGAAAUUGCACAACCUUCGGUACCUUCUGACGAAGAACAAACCAAAGAAACGCCUGUGACUAAGGAUGUAGUUAAGGGAACUACAGAAGGUAUAGAAGAUGUCACUCAGGUUUCCACGCAACAAUCUGAGAAACUGCCUGAAGAACAACUGCCAAGUUCUACCGAGAUUGCUGAAGUUGUAACUGAACAAUCAAUUGAACCCAAAGGAACGACAGAGCAGGAAGGAGUUACGGAAGAACAGGCUACUGCGAUUCAUAUGAAGCCUGCAGAAGCUGCUUCACAGCCUGGACUCGAGGAACAGCAGCCUGAGAAAACACCGUCCGUGGAAGAACAGACUCCUGAGUCUGUGUCGCCAGCUGAAGAAGGAAGUACGCCAUCAAUGGUGUCUCAGGAAGAAAUCACAGCAACUCCUGAAGCUACCACUGUGAAAACAGUUUCCGAGCCUGUUCAGCCUGAAGAAGGAAGUGAGCAACCAACUGAAAAGGAACCAAUAAUGCCAACUGAGGAAGCUGUUACCGAAGAAACUAAGAAACAGCCUGGUCCAGAGCAACCAACGACUGAACUAGCUACUACUCCAGUUGAAGGCGAAACACCACCUGAACAAGGAGGUGAGAAACCAUCGGCCCCAGAACAGGUUCCAGAGCAACCAAUGACAGAAGCUCCAGGUAUUUCUGUCAAAGAAGGAACGGAAGCACCAACUGAACAAGAAACUACAGGACCAGUGACUGCUGGAGGAGAACAAAAACCUGAAGAGGGAACCCAGAAACCGAGUGUAGACGAGGGUGUAACACCUACUGAGCCGACUGAAAUUGUUUCAGAAAGUGAAGGAAUUACUAAGGCAGGUGAAGAGCAACCUAGCGAAUCCACUUCGCCGACAGUAGUAGCUGGUUCAACAUUGGCACCUGAAGGUUCUUCGAUGCAUCCUGAACAAGGAAUGGAAGCACAGAAACCUGUCACCGAGUCUGAAGGUGUGACGGAAGAAAAGGCACCAAUUACUACCGCUACUCCAGGCGAAGUUAGUUCGACUGAAGAAUCUACGAUGGGAGUGAAACCAUCAGAAGGCAUGCCAGAAGUGACUCAACAAACUGAGGAGCCAUCAGUGGAGAAAGCAACAGAUAAACCUGCGAUGGAAACAGAGAAGGAAGAAGGACAGACAAUUCCGGUUACUGAGACUCAAGGAAUAACAGAAGCUACGUCAAAGGCACCUGGAGUUAGUUCGACCGAAAUACCAGAGAAAGAAACACCAACCGAAGCGCCAAAACAAGAGCUUCCAGGGGAACCAGAAGUAGAAGCUGCAACUGAGGUGCCAGUGAAGACUACUGAAAUUCCUGAGAAAGAAACACCAGUCCUUGCUGAAGUACCAGAAAAAGAGACUCCAACCGAAGUGCCUGAAGAAAGACCGUCAACCGAGGCUCCUGAGAAGAUAACUCCUGCUGAAGGACUUCCGGAUAAGGAACUUCCAGGUCUAGUAGAAAAAGUUACAACAGAACUGCCAGAAAAAGAACUUCCUAGUGAGACACCUGAAAGUGGACUGUCCACCCAAGCCCCGGAAAAGAUUGAACCUGUUGCAGUAACUGAAAGGAUUCAACCUGAAGAAGAGGUGCCUACUGACGUACCACAGGAAACUGUUCCUGCGAAACCUUCUGAAGAACCGGAGAAAACUACUGAGGAACCAGAAAAAUCUUCUGAAGAACCGGAGAAAGCUUCUGAAGAACCAGAGAAAGCUACUGAAGAACCAGAAAAAUCUUCUGAAGAACCAGAGAAAUCUUCUGAAGAACCAGAGAAAUCUUCUGAAGAACCAGAGAAAGCUUCUGAAGCACCAGAGGUAGCUGUUCCUGGAGAGCAGAAACCUGUAGAAGGUGAACAGCAAACACUACCAUCCGAAGAAGAGACUCCACAGACUACAGAGGGUGUUCUUAUUAAGGGAGCUAUACCCAGUGCAACCACACCUACUGAAGUAGAAGUAAAGUCGACCGAGGCUCCAGUUACUGAAGACGAAUUAGUUCAAUCAAGUACACCGGCAAGUGCAGCCGAAGAAGCAACUUCUCACGAAGACCAAGCAUCAUCGACCGAAGGUUCAGAAAUUCCUGUAGUACCCAAGGACGAACUUACAACGCAAGAAACUGUUCCAAGCCAGCCAGUCGAGGAAUCUAGCACAGAACCCGUAGUCGAGACAUCAACGAAAGCAGAAAAAGCACCGGAAACAGAGGAGACCCCAGAACAUCCAAUUCAAAUGUCGACGGAAAAGCCUGAAGAAAAGAGUACCGUGGAAUCAGUACUCCCUGUAGAUCACGAAGAAGAGGAUGUUACAACGAAACCUGAAGAAGUUCAUCCAUCAACUGAACCAUCCGUUGAGGAACAUGUAACAAAAGUUGAUAAACUUCCAACGGAACCAACACUUACGGAAUCAACGGAAGAAGGACAAGAACAACCCGGUGAAGGUUUACCACACACCGACGAACCUACUUUAUCAGAAAUUGCUCCAACGACUGAAAAGGCGGAAGAUGUCGAGGGUCAAUUACCAGUCGGAGUCGACGAUUACCUUCAACCAGUAAAUCACACGUAUGAAGCUACCGAAGAACCAGCAGAACCUGCCAUUCCUGAACAACCAUCGAGUACCUUGACACCCGAAUAUCCUGAUCAACCAGUGUCCGGAGAGGAUAAUCCUCAUUUCCCACCGCAUGGCGGUAGUUACCUGAACCCUGACGAAGAUUACGACGAAGACGAUCAAGCUAUCUACGGUCCAGGCACUUGUCGAUAUGGCGGCAAGGUUUACGUAUCGGCGCAACAGAUACCAAGGGACGAUCCAUGCGACUUCUGCUUCUGCUUCAGAAGCGACAUCAUUUGCCUCCAACAGAGCUGUCCGCCACCGAUUCGAGGCUGUCACGAGGAACCGAUCAGUGGCUUCUGCUGUCCUAGAUACGAGUGUCCUGUCUCGAUGGCCACGUCACUGAACAUCACCACGACCACAACAACAACCACGACCACGUUACCUCCACACUUCCACGCUCACGCGUACAAAGGAGCCGCGAAACGAAGCGGCUGCCAGAUCCGCGGUCAAGCGUACCGCGUUGGAGAAGUCAUUAGAUCCGCAUCAGGACCUUGCCUUCAGUGCACAUGCGGAGGCGAUGGUAACAUGAAGUGUGAUCCACGAGUGUGUAGCCCGGAGCCUAUGCUGAGGCAGAUGAUCGCGGCGGCCACGGCGAGAAGGAGGAGAUGAGCCGGCCAACAUGAUCCCGGGGAUCCGCUGAAGAGGAAUAGACACGAGGAAGCCUAGAGGAGGAUCAGUGUUGUAUAAAAGUGAAUUUAAAAGAAAUAUUCUAAACUAUCUAAAUGUCGCAGAACACAGACAAUAAUGUGCUUCGGCGUACACGAACUGAGUGGCCAAAACGUAAACGUUUAUAUUAUAAUAUUAUACUAUGUUAUAUAAAGAGAGGAGAAUUAAAAAAAGAAGCAGGAGGAAAGAGAGAUAGGAAAUAAGGAUAGAGCACGAGAGAAAUAGACCGAUCGGGACGGUGAAACGAAAAAUGGACAUUAAACGAUUUAAAAAAAAAAAAGAAAAGGCGAGAAUGGAAUUUAGCUACAAGGUUUGUUUUCUGGUGUGCCAAACGUGAGACGGAACGAAGGAACCGGUGGAACAAGAAACGGGACAGUGGAGAAUUAUUUCGUGAUAGUUCCGCUGUUCCACGCCAUUUUUUGUACGAGUAGAAACGACGAUUGCGGAAGAAGAGAGGAGAUUAUGGGAAAAAUGUUGCCGAACGUACGAGACUUAUGACUGUGCCUUCGUCAGUGCUGAAAACCAGCGGCACUACUUUCAUUUCGUGGCAGCCAAACCGCGUCCGACUUCGGCCACGAUCAUCGUCGUUAGAGCUUUACGCCUCGGGGAAUUGUUAUUAGGACUUCGAAAAAAUGAAAACAAAAUCGGUGACGGGAAAAACAAACGAUAAAUGCGUUACGGUGAACGUGACUAAGCGAACAAAAAAUGAAAAAAAAAAGAAAAUGCGAUCAUAUUGGUACAGGUCGAACACGAUUUCUUAUACACACAGUGACAUUGUAACAGCAAUCGAGGAUAGUACGCGAGACAACCGGAGGAGUUGUUUGUUUAAACAAAACAAAAAAAAACUUUUGCGUCAUUCUUCUUUUAUCCUUACGAAGAAAAUACAACUCUCCGGUGUCCCUCGUACGAUCGAGCGUAUCAAAGCGCCCCUGUACACGUUGCUCUUGUAAUGCCACUGUUUGAAACUAGAACGACGAUGAUCCUACGCGCGAUCGAUGCAGAUCCAAAUCGUUCCCUUGGCUAGCACGUGUUGUGCGCCAACGAUCAGUCCACAUUUGCUCACGUCUGCUGGCGUUUCAAGCGCGCUCGGACGCGAUCGGUUAAAAUCCAAAAACACCGUCGCAAACUACGUCGCUUCCACGAAACUAAGUAUCUAUCUUUUGCGUGGCGCGGAUCCACGAAGCUUAACGGGGCCGUAUUUCUUGUUUCGCUCGCCUGACGGAAGAGUCGCUGUUAUCGCGGGCCGAACAUCCGUGCAAUAAAACGAUCGCGUUCGAGUGCGCCGUACGUCUACAUAUGUGCGUGAGUGCGUGUUUGUGCAUGGUACAUUUAUAUGUUGAGAGAGGAGAGGAGAAAAGAAAAAGAGAAAAAAAAAAUGAUGAAAGAAAGACACGACGAAUGGUACGCGUAUCUCAAAGCUCAAACAGCGGCUCGCGCGGAGGACCGAUCGCGAGAAUUUGCUUCUCCGGCGAGCUGGCGUCAUAUAUAUAUACAUAC